AAGUUCUGGUUUUGUUGUGGCUGUCCCAUGUUUUGCCUGGAGGUGGCGGUGUUGUGUUGAUUUCUUCACUUACUGAAGCCCAUUAAAGGAGCUGAUGAAAAAAGGGGCGAACUUGCUUUCUUCAAUUGUCCGAACCCAUAACGUCAUGGAAAGAGAUACUUUGUUGCAGCGCGCACAGCACUAAAGCGUAAGAAAUAAUAGUGAUGUUUGUUGAUCGGUUGUAGCUGUUUUGUUUCUGUGGUUCGAUAGACCAAAGAUGCGCAGGAACCUGUUUACAAGAACAACGCAGCAAGUUUAAGUCCGGCCGGGAUGUGGAAUGUGGAGCAGCCAGGCUCAAAAUGCCCAGGAAUAUCAUUACUCUUCAGUGUUUGUCCUCACGCCGGAUCACUUAGUGUUGGAAAUAUUUUCAUCAGGGAUCUUGUCUGUGCUCCACAAUGAGAAACAAGUAUCCCAGAAGUCAUCAACGCCAGGAUUUUAAGGAUUAAAUCCAGCAUCGCUGCUUUUAGAGGAACUACUUGGUGAACGCAGUUUUGGUUUCGAACCUGUUGAGUUUGUGAUGUGAAGUGAUGUAGAAAUCCUUUGUUGUUGUGUAGCUACUGUUUAAUAUAUGCGUUGUAGACUAAACGUCUUUUGGCUUUUCAGAAACGAAGACAAUAGAGACAUAGCCUCAAUAGACUAACGAUGCUAAUGCUCACAGCAGGCACGUUUUAGACUGGGUAAUAAGUAAUAAGGUGAUAUAUAAUUGUGUACUUUGUUGGGUUUGCUCAUAAUACGACCAUUAAAAUUACAUAAAGGUCAUCCUGAACACUUUUGUACACCCGAUACAAUAGUGACCAUGUAAUGUGAGAUGAGUUUUAAUAUUACAGUAAGCUUGUGCUAGUUGUUUCCAAAACAGCAUGCAUGAAACCAGCAGCAACUGUAUAAUCUAGGCACUAUGUGCAUGUAGAAGUUUCUGCUUAAAGGACGUAGUAUUAAAAUAACAAAAUGUCAGUGAAAGCCAAAGCCAUCUAUACAUUUCUUAGUGAAAACAAAGAGGAGAUUAGCAUCCAGGAGAAUGAGGAGCUAGUUAUUUUCGAUGAGAAUUCCGUGGACGGUUGGUUCCAGGGGGAGAACAGCAGAGGGGAGAGGGGUCUCUUCCCAGCCUCAUAUGUGGAAAUAAUUCGCACUCGCUCAAACUCCAAUGUGACUGACUGCUCCAUCAGCCCAGCAGGCUCUUUAGGAAAGGACUCUUCGUACUUUUCUUCAAUUCCAAUCACCCCACCUAACCUGCAGCAGCCAUACUAUGAUGAUGAAGAUGAUGACUGGGAUGAUUGGGACGACAGGUCCACUGUUGUUGAGGAUGCUGACUAUAGCAGGAGCCCAGGGGCCAAUGGACAUGACUAUCAGAGCCCAGUGUCCAACAACCCCAAUGUGCACUACAGGACCAAACCCCACAUGGAGCGACAGGACAGCAUCUCUAGUUCAAGGAAAGGCAGUAUGGUGGGUAGGAACUUAAAUCGUUUUUCCAGCUUUGUCCGUUCAGGCGUUGAAGCAUUUGUACUGGGUGAUGUGCCCAUGAUGGCGAAGAUAGCCGAGUCAUACACCAUUGAGAUGGGCACUGUGGGGCCUCAGUGGAAAGUAAGCCCACAGCCUUUUACCUGCUCUAUUGAAGAUCCCACCAAACAGACAAAAUUCAAGGGCAUCAAGACCUACAUUUCAUACAGGGUCACGCCAAGUCACAUAGGGCGUCCUGUCUACAGGCGUUACAAACACUUUGACUGGCUGUACAACCGCUUGCUGCAUAAGUUUACUGUGAUCUCUGUGCCCCACCUACCUGAGAAACAGGCCACAGGGCGAUUCGAGGAAGAUUUCAUUGAGAAGCGUAAGAGAAGAUUGAUAUUAUGGAUGAACCACAUGACCAGUCACCCAGUCCUCUCACAAUAUGAAGGUUUUGAGCAUUUCCUAAUGUGUACUGACGACAAGCAGUGGAAACUUGGAAAGAGACGGGCAGAAAAGGACGAGAUGGUGGGUGCCCAUUUCAUGCUGACACUGCAAAUUCCUAACGAGCACCAGGACCUACAGGACGUAGAGGAGCGGGUCGAUACCUUUAAGGCCUUUGCCAAGAAAAUGGACGAUAGUGUGAUGCAGCUCACGCACGUAGCCUCGGAGCUGGUUCGUAAACAUCUGGGUGGGUUCAGGAAAGAGUUCCAGCGACUAGGAAAUGCCUUCCAGUCUAUCAGCCAGGCAUUUAUGCUUGACCCUCCCCACAGUUCAGAGGGCCUCAACAGCGCCAUCUCGCACACAGGUCGAACAUAUGAGAACAUAGGAGAGAUGUUUGCAGAGCAACCUAAGUAUGACCUCUUCCAGAUGCUGGACAAGCUGUCGCUCUACCAAGGCCUACUGGCCAACUUCCCUGAUAUAAUUCAUCUGCAGAAAGGUGCCUUUGCCAAGGUGAAAGAGAGUCAGCGGAUGUGUGACGAGGGGAAGAUGGACCAGGACGAGGCAGACGGCAUUAGGAAACGCUGUCGGACGGUGGGGUUUGCCCUCCAAGCAGAGAUGAGCCACUUUCAUCAGCGGCGAGAGGUGGACUUCAAAGAUAUGAUGCAGGCCUACCUCAGGGAGCAGAUAGCCUUCUACCAACGUGUUGUUCAGCAACUGGAGCGCACCCUGCGCAUGUACGAGUGCCUCUGAAGACACAGGACGCUCAAAACUACAAUCUCUGAAAAUGUCUCAGCUCUUUUACAGGAGCAUCUACUGCAGACAGAGAUGGCCUUGAUGGAAAUGACUUGCAGAUGAGUUGCUUUGUUGUUGAUGUAGAAGAAAAAACAGUCUAGGUGGCUGUUCACAUGUAGCAACUUCUGUGAUGGUUUAAAAGAUUCUCUCUUGAUUCUCAGGCCAACUUUUCAAAGAUGUAGGUCGUGUUUUCACUCUGAACUUUGAAUUAUCUGCUCAAUAUCCAAGUGCCUGCUCUAAAACAAAACAAAACAAACAAACAAACAAACAAACCAUCUCUAAAUC